GCGACGGUGUCCGGCCAGCCCAGGUCCAGCUGCGGGAUGGAGCGGUCGGACCUCUGCGGCCAGUACUCCAGCGAGGGCAGCGGCUCGGCCUCGGCGGGGGCGCCCCCGGCCUCGCCGCCCCCGGCCUCGCCGCCCCCGGCCUCGCCCUCCGCGGCCCCGCCGGCGCGGGGGUCCUCGGCGCCGGGGUCGUACACCUCGAUGGUCUCCAGGAUGCGCCUGAGCUCCAGCUCCGAGAGGAAGUCGCGGAUGUUCUCCCGCUUCAGCACCGCGUAGAAGGCGUCGCGGCCGCGGGCCGCCAGGGCCUCCAGCGCCAGGCGCUGCUCCUCGCUGUAGAAGAACUCGGGCUUGGCCUCGCUGGAGCGCCAGUUGACGUGGCUGUCGUCCAGGCACUGCACCUGCGAGAAGGCCAUGGCGGCGCCCCUCGCGGGUCGCAGCCGGUCGCCGGCCGGGCGCAGCGCGCUCUGGGGCCCCGCGCCGCCGCCGCUCCUCUGCCCCGGGAGCCUGCGGGCGGGGCGGGCCGGCGGGGCCGGGUCAGAGGGCAGGCGGGGCCGGGGCGGGGCGGCGCGGGGGCGGGGCCGGGGGGCCGGUACCUGCGGGGACGGGGCCCGCAUCCCGGCGGGCCGGGGGGCGGGGCUGGGAAGGCGGGGGGCCUGCCGGGGGGGGCCGGGGGGGUGGAGCGGGGAAGGCGGGGGACCCCCCCGAAGUUUCCCGGCGGCAGGCCGGAGUCUGCUGCCCGCCGACCUCUAGCCCUGCCCGGCGCCGCCCCGCAUCCCGAGGGCUUCCGGGAGGGGAUGGGGUCCCGAAACCCGCCGCCCACCGCCACCCCCGGCGCCGCGAUCGGCAGCCCGAGGGGCCUGCGCGGAGGAGGCUCGGGGCAACGCGCGGGCGGGCGGGUCGCCGGGGGGCGCGGGGUCGGGGGCGCGGGCCGGGGCUCGCUUACCGGGCGACGCGGGCGGAGCGGGCGGCGGGUGACUAAGUGCCGCCCCGCCCACCCCGCUGCCGCCACCUGCGGUCACGUGCGGCCGGGGGCGGGGCCGGAAACGGAGUCACCCCCCCACCCCCGACGGACACAGAUGUCGGGCGGGUGUGCGUCUGUCCUCGCUGCCACCAGCCCCAGGUGGCUGAAUUCUGAACCGCUCAGGGACAGACGUUCGAGAGCUCUUGGCACAUUGCAGUCCAGAGAGGGACAGUGUUCUUCCUGAGGACACACAGCAAGUCAACAGCCUUGGCGCACCCCGCCCCCAGCCUGUAGGGAACCCUGGUGCAGCCCGAACUGCGUCCGGUUUCCCAGGCGGGAUAGAAGCAUGUACAGAUGCUCAGCUGUCCAGCUGCGGAAGGAGAGUUGGGGUACUGGGCUGGGAGCCCCCAAGACAGGGCUGGGGCAGAUCGGACCCAACCUCAGGAGCCUUUGCAGGGCCUGAUGUGGACAGAGCUGGUAUCCAGUGCUGGCGGGGCGUCCCCCCCACCCCCAAGAACUGGUCCUGCGUGGCGAGCAGUGCCCCCCCUGGGCCCCGGGGCAGGGAGGGCCCGAGAGGGCGCCUCUGUACCGGGGUCCGGCCCAGCCCUCUGCCCUGCAUCCCUGGGGCUUCGGACCCCAGUUAUGGAAGUGUGUGGGGACCACAUCUGAAAGCACGCUGCCAGGGUGGGGACAGCAAAGCCCAUUAAACCUGGUGCAACAACAGCCCCCACCCCAUCGCGUGCCACAGCCAGUCAGCCCGGUCCAGCCCUUCCACCACCGCCACCCCACCCACCCCCACCCGCCCCGGAUGGAGCUGCUCUGUGUUUGGCUGGGAUUGGGGCCCCGAGGACACUGCUCUGUGCUGCUCAGGGCCGGCUGUGGACAUCUCUGGGCCUGGGCCUGUGAACCCCCCUCCCCCAGGACUCUCACCACCUGUCAGCCUCUCCCCUAGGUCUGCUGUCCUGAGCAGUGAUGCUGUCUUCCCACCCCAGCAUCCCCGUGGUCCCCAUCACGGACCCCUCUAGUCCUGCCCUCCACCCUGGUCCCGUGGGGCGUCACACUGUGUCUGAACAUAGUGCCCCUUCAGGUGCCCCCGGCACCUCCCAGGUACAUGCUCACACACCUGCAUCCCCCUACACACACACACACACACACACACACACACGCACACACACACACACACACACACACACACACACGCGCGCGCGCGCACACACGGUCAGAAGCCAGAGGAAGGCGGCCCCAGGGCUGAGCAAUGCCCUGGGGGUCCUGAAACCUGACUUACAGCCUCUGCCAGUGGGGACCCAGACAAGACCUUCUCUGGGCCUCAGCUUCUUUUUUUCUUCCCCUGCACAGAGGCCCUGGGGCUCAUGAAAGGAGUCCUGGCUCUCAGGGCUGAAGGGCCUCCAGCCCUCCAGUUACCUACCCAUAAUUAUAGAUUCACAGGAAGCUGUUAAAAGGCCAACAGAGAGCUUGCAUGCACCCUUCACCCAGUUUCCCCCAAAAGUGUCAUCUUGCAUACCCAUUGUGCAGUAUAAUACCAUAGCCAGAGAAAACUCGUUCAGAUGUCACCCGUUCACAUGUGCUCGUUGAUGUGCGUGUGUGUAGAUGUGUGCAACCUUAUUGCAUGUGUAGGUUUAUGUAACCGCUGUCACAAUCAAGAGACAAAACCACACCUCCAUCGCUAACCCUGGCCACCACCGAUUCCUCCUCCUCUGGCUAUUCGUCCAGGUCGGCGUGUAUGGGUAGCUUGUUCCUUUCUGUUGCUGACUGGUAUUCUAGUCUCUGUUUCUAUGAGCUUGGCAUUUUUAGUUUCCACAUAGACGGGAUAACAUACAGUAUUUAUCUUUCUCUGUCUGACAUUUCACUCAGCCUAACACCUUUGAGGUCCAGCCACAUUGUUGCAAAUGGCAGGAUGUCUUUCCUUCUCAUGGCUGAAUAAUAUUUUCUUAUAUAUAAAUGUCACAUCUUCUUUACCCAUUCAUCGUAAGUUGAAGGACACUUGUUCCCGUAUCUUGGCUAUUGUGGAUAAAGCUGCAAUGAACAGCAGUGCAGGUGUCUCUUUGAGAUGAUUUCCUUUCCUUAAAAUAUGUAACCUAGAUGCGGGAUAGCUGGAUCAUAUGGUAGUUCUAUUUAUAAUUUUUUAAGGAACCUCCAUGCUGUUUCCAUAGGGGCGGCACCAAUUUACGCUCCCACCAACAGUGUAUAGGUGUUCCCUUUUCUCCACAUCCUGGCCAACUCUUGUUACCGCUUGUCUUUUAGAUAAUGGCCAUUCUUGCAGGUGUGAGGUGAUGUCUCAUUGUGGUUUUGAUUUGCAUUUCCCUGAUGAUUUGUGAUGUCGUGCAGCUACUUUUCAUGUACCUGUUGGCCAUUUGUAUGUCUCCUUUGGAAAAAUGUCUGUUCAGUUCCUCUGCCCAUCUUUAAAUCAGAUUUCUGGGGUCUGCUUGUGGGGUUUUGUUUUUGCUAUUGAGUUGUAUGAGUUCUUUACAUAUUUUGGAUAUUAACCCUUUAUCAGAUACACAAUUCGCAAAUAUUUUCUCCCAUUCUGUAGGUUGCCUUUUCAUUUUGUUCUUUCCUUUGAUGUGCAGAAGCUUUUUAGUUUGAUGAAGUCCCACUUGUUUUUUAUUUAUUUGUUUUCUGUUGUUGUUUUUUGCUUUCUUUGCAUUUGCUUUUAGUGUCAAAUCCAAAAAAAUCAUCUCCAAGACUGACGUCAAGGACCUACUACCUAUGUUUUCUUCCAGGUGUUUUAUGGUUCCUGGUCUUCAUUCAAAUCUUUAAGCCAUUCUGACUUGAUUUCUGUAUGUGGUGUGAGAUAGGGGUCCAGUUUCAUUCCUUUGUCUGUGGCUGUCCAGUUUUCCCAACACCAUUUAUUGAAGAGACUGUCCUCUCCCCACUGUAUAUUCUUGGCUCCUUUGUCAUAAACACACAUGUGAGGGGUUUAUUUCUAUUCUGUCCCAUUGAUCUGUCUGUUUUUGUGCCAGUACCACACUAUUUUGAUUACUAUAGUUUUGUGAUUUGGUUUGAAGUCAGGGAGUGUGAUGCUUCCAGCUUUGUUUUUCUUUCUUAAGAUUCCAUUGGCUACCCAGGAUAUUCUGUGACUCCCUGCAAAUACUUUAGGGCAGUUUUUGUUACCUCUGCGGAAAACGUCAUUGGAAUCUCGAUAAGGAUUGCACUGAACCUGUACAUCACUUUGGGUAGUGUGGACGUUGUAACAACAUUAAUUCUUCUAAUCAUGAACGUGGAAUAUCUUUCCAGUUUUCUGUGUCUUCUUCAAUUUCUUUCAGUGUCUUACAGUUUUCAGUGUAUAGACCUUUCACCUCCUUGGUUGAAUUUAUCCCUAGGUAUUUUUUUUUUUUUUACGCUAUUGUAAAUGGGAUGGUUUUUUUAAUUUCUCUUUCUGAGAGCUCAUUGUUCGUGUAUAGAAACACAAUGGGUUUUGUGUAUGGAUCUUUUUUCCUGUGACUUUAGUGAAGUUGUUUCUCCAGCUUUUCUUUUCAUCAUUUUCACAGGUGUUUUACACAGAGCAAAAGCUUUAGGGAUUUUUAAAAUUAUUUAUUUAUUUAUUUAUAUGUAUUUAUUUUGGUUGAGCCAGGUCUUAGUUGCAGCAUGGGGGAUCUUUUAGUUGCAGCGUGCAGACUUCUUAGUUAUGGCAUGCAGACUCUUAGUUGCAGCAUGCAUGCAGGAUCUAGUUCCCUGACCAGGGAUCAAACCCAGGCCCCCUGCAUUGGGCGCGUGGAGUCUUAACCACUGGACCCUCAGGGAAGUCCCGAAGCUUUAGUUUGAGGAGCUCUGUUUUAUUAAGUUUUUGUUUUGUGGAUUAUGCUUUUGAUGUUAAGUCUGAAAACUCUUUGCUUUGCCCCAGGCUCUGAAGGUAUUCUCCUAUUUUUUUCCUAGAAGUUUGAUAGUUUUACAUUUAAAUCUGUGAUCUAUUUUGAGUUAAUUUUUUGUGGAAGGUAUGAAGGUUAGAUUGGAGUUGAGUUGUUGGCCUACGGAUUUCCCCAGAAGGGUUUACAGAGGAGGGAACAGCCCCCGAGAAUAAUCACCCGGGAUCACACAGUGAGGCCUCGGGAGAAGUGGACCCAGAGCCAGGGCUGCGUGCUUUUCUCCUGCUCCUCCUGCAACAUCAAUGUCUGGACUGACUCCCAGGGAUAAGGCAGGCCUGCUUGGAAGAGGGGAGCACCUUGAUUACCCCUCGGGGUGGUGUGUCCAGUGACCGGCUUGGAAGAGGGUCAUUCAGUCAGUCAACAAACACAGGUAGAACCUGCCACGCCCUGGCUUGUGCUGUGCACUGCUGGAGGCUGGGCUCCUCCACAGGCCCCCGUGGUUGCCAUCUAUCGAGAGGCAGGAAGGACACAACACACAGAGUUACCGGUGCUGUGGCAGGUGUUGCCCCAAAGCCUGUAGAGCCCAGACGUCCGCAGCGAGGUGGGAGGAGUUGGUGUGAGCUCCCUGGGCUUGAGAAGGGUGUCCCAGGGAGAGGGAACAGCAAGCACGGAGGCCCAGAGCUGGGGUGGAAUGCUGGCGGUGCUCAGGGUGGCCAAGUGGGCAGAGACUGUGGUGCAGUUAGAGUCCCGUGACCCCUCCUGCAGAGGAUGGAGGCCACAGGAGGCUGUGAGAAGGGAGGAGCAUGGGCAGAGUGGUGGUUUUAGAAGUUCCCUCAGGUGUUUACGGAGGAGGUGGGUUAGAGGGGGCAGGUGGUGCAGCUGCCCUGGUCCCCAAGGGCAGCCGCUGGACGUGGCCUUGGCUGCAGGGAGGGAGGACAUGGCGGGCAAGGAGAGAGGCAGCGCUCAGGUUUCUGGCCUGGGCCCUGGCUGGGUGGGGGUGCUGGUGUCAAGGUGGAGCCCAGCGGGGAGCCCCCAGGCCCGCAGCAUCCGGUACUCCGGCAAGGCCAGAGCCCCCGCCUGGUGCCCCGGUCCCCGCCACCCGGGGCUCUUGCUCCCGAGUUGGCAGGGACGGGGGACUUUGUUUUGGUGGCAGCACCUCUGCUGUGUCACAAAGGAGAGGUGCUUCUUUCUCAUGGCUCAGCACAGACUCCCAGGCAGGCGAGCCAGCGGCGCCCAGAGGCAGGGCCCCAUCCCAGGAGCAGGGAACGGCUGUGGCAGGCUGAGCAAACUCGGCCAGAAUCUCCUGACUCGGGCUUUUUGAGCCAUUAUGUGGCUGUGACUCCUCACAUGUCCCUCCUGGGAGGGCUGAGUCCUCCGAGUGCCAGAGCCAGCCAGUCCAAGCCCAGAACCUGUCAGGAGGGCCUGCCACCUUGCCCUCACCUGAACCCCAGUGGCCCCAGAGUCCCGCCACAGGACCCCCAGGCUCUGUACUAGGUCUGACUAUGUGUCCUAGGCAAGUUAUGCCCUUUCUGGUCCUGAGUUCUCUCAUCUGCACAGCUGUGGCCAGGAGGUGGUAGGCUAGGGCAGCUGGAUCAAACAGUGCCUGAACUCCUCAUCCAUGGCUCUUUGUGGGAUCUGUCCUUCCUCUCCUCCUCUCCUUCUGUGCCUUUCCCCUUCCUUCCAACCAUUCACUCAUUUGCUCACUCAUUCAAUCACAAAUGUUCACAGAGCAUCUCGUCUGGGCCCAGCCUGGACUGGGUGCUCCCUGGUAGAGUAAAUGAGAUGAUUCAAGGCCAGUGUCUGCCUUUGGGGAGCUCCCAGUCUGGUGGAGGAGGUAAAAUAUGCAAACAAUUGUGAUUCAACCCUGGGCUCUAGGAGCCCUUGGGAGGAAGCUACUCUGCCUCGGAGGGUAGGGGAGAGUUGUGGAAGGCCUUCGCAGCAGGCCAGGAAGCAGGAGGUAAACAAGGGUAGGGACGGAGCAGCAGGGGGAGGAGGCCGCGUCUGCAGAGGCACCGAGGCGUCAGAGUGCUGGGUGUGUGUGUGUGAGAAAAUACAAGCAGGGCAGGGUGGCUGGCGCGUGGUGCUGGGAUGACAGGACCUGGGACCCCCCCAUCCCCCACCCCCGCCCCCGCCCUGAACAGGGUCAGGCUCCAGCGGCUGGGAGGGAGGCCGGGAUUUCGGAUUCAGUCCGGGUCCAGGCCCAGGCCGGGGCCAUCCGCUCAUUCCCGGUUCACUCAGAGGGGAGCAGUGGUCCCCGCCCGCCGCAGGGGAGGGUCUACAGCAGCACCGUAUCCUGUCCUAAAACGGCCCUAGUCGCUGAAGGGAUGGAAACGAGUGAUGUGGGGGGAGGGGGCUGGGGGGGUAUUUCAGAUGGAAGAGGUGACUUCUGAGCCGCCCCUGGGAGGGCCUGGGAGAGGGGACGCGGCAUGCAGGCUGCCGUGGGAGGAGGCCGGGGCGCGGUGAGCGGGUGGGUGGGAGACCCGCCCGGGGGAGCCGGGGGUCUGGAGGGCCUUGUGUGCAGCUCUGUGCUCCCUUCCUGUUUGAAGAGUCCUCCGGAAGCGGCUGGAGACAGCCGGGGUGGGGGGCCUCCACCUGCCCUCCGGGAGGUGGGGGGAGGGAGACCAGCACCCAGCGGGGCGCGGACGGUGGACGGACCGCUCAGCGGGAUGGGGCCGCCCUGCGGGGCAGCCUGCACAGGGGGCCGGCAUCACGGGGUGGGACGCAGGCGGGAAGAGGGCGCGUCAAGGGCCCGAAUAGUCCCCGAGGCCGGCCCCCUCCUCGUCACCCAGGCUGGGAAACCGAGGCCCGGGGCCCAGCCGCUGCUGGUGGCAGGGGAUGACAGAGCAGGCGCCGCCAGGCCCCUGCCCUCCGCCCGGGUCCUGCCCAGCCCGGGGUGGGGGUGGGGGGCCAGAGGGGCAGGCGUGGGCCACGGGGCGGCUCUCCCUCUCACGCAGACGACGUGGGCUGCGUGGUGCCGUCCGAGUGCCUGCGGGCCUGCGGGGCCGAGAUCGGCUGCUCCAACAUCGCCUACCCGAAGCUGGUCAUGGAGCUGAUGCCCGCAGCAGCAGCACGCUUUUCACCGUGGACAUCUGGAGGCGGCUGCGGCCCGGUGCCGGCGAGCGGGAGCUGCUGCUGGUGGGGCGGCUGGUCGUCGUGGGGCUCAUCGGCGUGAGUGUGGCCUGGAUUCCGGUGCUGCAGGGCUCCAGCAGCGGGCAGCUCUUCAUCUACAUGCAGUCGGUGACCAGCUCCCUGGCCCCGCCGGUGACGGCCCUCUUCAUCCUGGGCAUCUUCUGGCGGCGGGCUAACGAGCAGGGGGCCUUCUGGAGCCUGAUGGUGGGGCUGGCGGUGGGCGCCGCGAGGCUGGUGCUGGAGUUCCUGCACCCGGCUCCGCCCUGCGGCUGCCCCGACGCGCGGCCCGCAGCCCUCCGCAGCCUGCACUACCUGCACUUCGCCGUGGCUCUCUUCCUGCUCAGUGGGGCUGUGCUGGUGGCCGGCAGCCUGCUGACGCCACCCCCCCGGGGCGUCCAGGUGACGGCCGAGCAGCCCAGAAACAUGCUUUCUGGGCGCGUGUCUGUGGCUUCAACGCCAUCCUCCUCAUGUGCGUCAACAUCUUCCUCUACGCCUACUUCGCCUGACGCUGCCCCCAGAAGCCCCCUCCCCACCAAGGACACCGAGGCCCAGAGGAGGGCGGCGCCCCGUGUGGCCACAGGGCGGGUCGCGAGCAGCAAACCUGCCAGCACCCAGGCUCGAAUGUCUCAGGCCAGCCCUGGCACCCCCCUCCCCGGGCUCCUCCCCCUCCCCGCCUGCUCCAGCUGCCGUGGGACCUCGUCCUGCUGCCUCUCUGCUCACGCCCUCCCCGCCAGCGGCCUGGCACUCAAAGCCCGUUCCGAGCCCCCUCGGCCUGACUGCUCCCCAAGGGCCCCAGGCCCCCGGCGGGCACUGCCUAGAACCCCACUGGCGGCAGCUUCCCUGUGGACACCCUGCCCUCCCUCGAGCCGGGGCCCCACAGCGGCUGCCCGCCCCUCUGGAUGCCCCUGGACCUCACGGCCCAGCUCUGGCCCCAACCCCCUGCCUGGCCUGUCGUCCCCAACGCUUCCCCAGGCCCUGGUCCGGGCAGAACCUGGGCCAGAACGCGUAAGAGCAGGCGCAGCUAUGUCUCCCAGGGGGCCGCGUCCGAGGCCGGCCCCUCAGAGCUCGUCCACCCUGCGGGGCCAGCGGGGCAGGAGCGGCUGCCUCCGUUUCUCUCAGCCCGGGCCCCCCUCCGCAGGGCCUCCAGCCUCCCCGCGGGGCACCUGUGGUGGGCGGGGCUGCUGGACGCCAGGGGCAGCCCCGGAAGUCGACCUCCACCGGGAGCCUGUCCAGUGAGUCCAGGUCACGGGUGUGCAGGGCCCCGGCCGCCUCGCCCGGGAGCCAGCCUUUGGGGCUUUCGGACGGAGGGGCGGGCAGGCCAGCGGGUGGUCAC